UUGUAGCAAGCACUUUUUAGUAAAGCGAAAGGAAUAAUAAUAUUAAAAAAUGGAAAGUGCGGGGAAACAAGAUAAUAACGCCACGCAACAGUUGCCGCAGCGACAGCAGCGGGGAAACCAGCAGGCCAACAAAAAUCUCGGCAAGCAUAAUGCACUAAAACAAAAUGAUUCCGCGGAUGGAUGUCCGGCUGAAAAGAAGCAACGAUUCGGUGGUCCAAAUGCCCAGAAUCAAAACCAGAACCAGAAUCAAAAUGGUGGUGUAACGGGCGGUGGUGGUGCAGUUGGUGGCCCCAAUCAAAAUAAGAAUUUUGGAAACAACAAGGGUGGGUUCGCUGGAAACCGCAAUCGCAACAACAAUCGCGCUGGAAACCAAAACCGGACUUUUCCAGGCAACAACAAUUUAAAUCAAAAGCCCAACAACGAAACAUCAAAGGCGGACGGUCCUAAUGCACUUGCUAAGAACAAUGAACCGGCAACUGCAGCUGCUGGCCAAAAUCAAGCGAAUCAGAACGCCAACAAGGGCCAAAAUCAACGGCAAGGACAAAACCAAAAUCAAAAUCAAGUCCAUGGUCAAGGAAAUCAAGGAGGACCAGGAAAUCAAGGAGGAGCAGGCAAUCAAGGAGGCCAAGGAAAUCAAGGAGGAGCCGGAAAUCAGGGAAAUGGUCAGGGAUUCAGAGGUCGCAAUGCUGGUAACAAUCAAGGUGGCGGUUUCUCCGGAGGUCCGCAGAACCAGCAGCGUGACAACCGAAACCGCAGUGGUCCACGCCCUGGCGGAGGUGCAGGUGGCACGAUGAACAGCACCAAUAUGGGUGGUGGUGGUGGCGGUGGAGGCGGCGGUCCGCGCGGCGGUGAAGACUUCUUCAUUUCCCAGCGGUUGCGCAGCAUCUCUGGGCCCACCUUUGAACUGGAACCGGUGGAAGUGCCCACGGAGACGAAGUUCUCUGGACGAAAUCGUCUCUAUGUGGGCAACCUGACCAAUGACAUCACCGACGAUGAGCUGCGCGAGAUGUUCAAGCCAUACGGCGAGAUUAGCGAGAUCUUCUCGAACCUGGAUAAGAACUUUACAUUCCUAAAGGUCGACUAUCAUCCCAAUGCCGAGAAGGCUAAACGCGCCCUGGACGGAUCGAUGCGAAAGGGUCGCCAGUUGCGUGUACGAUUCGCACCGAAUGCCACCAUUUUGCGGGUGAGCAAUCUCACGCCGUUCGUUUCCAACGAGCUGCUGUACAAGUCCUUCGAAAUCUUUGGUCCCAUCGAGAGGGCCAGCAUCACCGUCGACGAUCGUGGCAAGCAUAUGGGCGAGGGCAUAGUUGAGUUUGCCAAGAAGUCAUCGGCCAGCGCCUGCCUGCGGAUGUGCAACGAGAAGUGCUUCUUCCUCACUGCAUCCCUUCGACCGUGUCUGGUCGAUCCGAUGGAGGUGAACGACGACACCGACGGACUGCCGGAGAAGGCGUUCAACAAAAAGAUGCCCGACUUCAACCAGGAGCGCAGCAUUGGUCCGCGCUUCGCCGAUCCCAAUUCGUUUGAGCACGAGUACGGUUCGCGCUGGAAGCAGCUGCACAACUUGUUUAAAACCAAGCAGGACGCACUCAAACGCGAACUGAAAAUGGAGGAGGACAAGCUGGAGGCUCAGAUGGAGUACGCACGCUAUGAGCAAGAGACGGAACUGUUGCGUCAAGAGCUGCGAAAACGCGAAGUUGACAACGAGCGCAAGAAAUUGGAGUGGGAGAUGCGCGAGAAGCAGGCCGAGGAGAUGCGCAAGCGCGAGGAGGAGACCAUGCGGCGGCAUCAGACCGAGAUGCAGAGCCACAUGAAUCGCCAGGAGGAGGACAUGCUCCGUCGGCAGCAGGAGACACUGUUCAUGAAGGCGCAGCAGCUCAAUUCAUUGCUGGAUCAGCAGGAGGGAUUUGGUGGCGGCGGCGGUAACAACACCACUUUUGACAACUUCGCUGGCAAUAGCAAUUCGCCAUUCGAGGUUUUUAGAGGCAAUAACAAUAACAAUUCCACAAUGAUUGGAAACAAUGCUGCGCCCAACACACAGGACUCCUUCGCUUUUGAAUUUGGGGUUAACAAUAUGAACCAAGGCGGCAAUCAACGUGGAAAUAAUGGCGGAGGAAAUAAUGUCCCAUGGGGACGUCGACGUUUUUAGACACUGGAUCGAUCGAACAAUAUACAAUACAUAUAAGGAUGAGAUUUGACGUACUCUCAAAUAUUUGAAUGCGUUUCACAUUUUAACUUGGCUCUCGCUUGUGCGCGCGAUCAGAAUGAACUUGCUUAAAAGGAUCCCUCUAAUCGCAUGCACCCAAAUAUGUUUUAAUUUAUUAUCGAUCGUCUAUCGAUCCUAAAUUUUAAGAGUAAGGACACGCAAAGGAUGAACCUUACAAAAUAGUAUACAAUCUGAAUCCGAAAGUGAAAGUGCAAUGCUGCAGCAAAAAGAAAAACGAAAUCAUUGCGUACAUAUACUUAAUCAUAGCGAUAAUUUAAGAUUAUGUAUGCGGCGAACUACAUUCUCCAGUAAUUUAAUUCUUUUUUGUCCACCAUUCAAAUUAAAUAUAUAUAAAGAUAUAUUCCUAAUCGAUUUAUUUGAACAUGAAAAACGCAAUAUUAAUUCAAAAGAAAAGAAAAAAAGAAAAAGAAAGUUAAGAACACUUCGAAAAUCUGGUGAGUAUUCCGGAUGAGCGCAUGGACUUGAUCUGGAUCUGGAUCUUGGUCUGGAUCUCUCAUCUCAUUCGAUGUCCACUAAUGGAUCCUUCUGUUGUGCAGAACUAUUCUACGCUUUCCCACUAUUUUGUUAAUGAUUAACAAAUUAAAUGAUUAACAACUUUUUUUCUGGCAGUAGUCGAAUUGCAACUCAAUUUUUUUUUAUUCAUUCUAAAUAAAGUUUUUAUUUUCUUCAUAUGUUUUAGUAUUUAUUUCAAGUAUUUAUCGGAAGAAUUCAAUUAAUUUCGGUAAAAUUUUGUUUAAUUUUUGUUUUUACAUUUUGUCUCUUGCCCCUUUUUUUUAAAAUAUUCUUUUAUUUGAUAGAAAUAUUUAACAGAACUGCAUAUCUUAUCUAAUAUGGAAUUUUUGGGAACUGAUAUUUGUUUUGGGGAAAAUGCAAGGGAAAACCAUUCAAACGCUUGUGUAUUUGGAUAUACAUUUCUCACCGAUUUUGGAUAUUACUUCAAGUACUAUAUUAUUUAGGCUAGAUCUUGAUAGUUUACGCCGUUUUCUUGCAAUGAAACCGACAAUCUCAGACCUCGACCAAAAUUUGAUGAAUAAUACUUUGUGUUAACAUAGAGAAAUCAAACAGUUGUUUGUGUUUUAUACCCGUAUACCUUUCAUGUUGCAUAAAUAUACAUUUGGCAUAUACCUACAAAGCAACAAAUUUAAAUGUAGAUGUAAUCAAUUGUCAUGCUAAUAAUUUAAUUAUACUUAUAUAAAUACAUAUAUUAGUAUGUUCAAAAUACAACUUUAAUCAAACAAAUAUUGCACUUUGAAAGCAAACAUCAAAUAUUUACAUUUUGAUCAGUUCUGGGUGUUGGCACCGAAAAUUAAUUUUAGUAAAUUAAUAAACAAUUCGAAGUGUAUAGCAUAUCUUUAAUUUUUUUCAAUUUUGACGCAAAUGAGAAAUAAACGGAAAUUGACUUCCAAAUGCGAACAUAACCAUGUUAUACUGGAAUGCAGAUGUCAACUUAUGAUAUUCGGGAUUUAUCUGUACUUAUUAUAUUAAUAUUCUUAUACCCUUACAGAAAGUAUUUUUGUCACAAGUUGCAACGCAUCAAUGGAAAGAAUUCUUAAACAGCAACUCACCGUAGCAAAUUUAACUUGACUACAGUUUAUUCGGUUUUUUUUGUUCGAUUUUGUUAAAUUUUGGAAGUUUGUCGAGUACCUCGACUAACAGAUACCCUGUAUUCUGCUAUGCAAGCUGGUACAGUUUCCGGGCUGCAUCGGCGUCUGGAAUCUGCAUGCUUAAUCCCAAUUUCAAGCUGGUAUAGAUAUAGAAAUAUCAAAGUCCAACAUACGGACAGACAUACGGACAAGCAGGCGGACAUCAAAUCAAAUCAUAUAAAUUCAUAUCAACUAAUCUAGUAUACCCUUCUACUCCGCGUAGUAACAGGUGUAUAUGGACUUCCAAAGAUAAAACUAUCGGAUGGGUUCUUUCUCUUGAAAUUGGAUUUAUUUCUUUGCUUGGGCACAAUAUUUUUUACUUUUUGUGCAAUUAUCAAGACAGUGUAAAAGAGUUUGAAGCUCAAAUCUAAUAAACAAAUUUGUAAGCUAGCAAACAUGUGGAAACAUGAACUUUUGGCUUUCGUCAAUUUGGAAAUUCUGAAUUUUAGUAAUGUGAUUUAAUUAAUUACCAAAUUUUGCUCCCGCAUCGUAAUAUUCAUUUGGAUAAUAUAUAUAUAUCAAGGUAUAUAUCUGCUGGAAAUCAUUUUGGAGGAUGGUUUUUAGUGCAAUCAAGAGAAUCGAUUUUGGUAAUUCGUUUUUUGUGGUUUCUGGGCAAAGAUGGGCGCGCGAAAAGUGGGCGGUGUGUUAUGAAGAAGCAACGUCUUGCGAUUUUCCAUGAAAAAUGCUCUCUGAGAAGGAUGAAUAUUUCAAUGCAAUGCCAUGGCGAAUGGGAAAAGGUAAUGCCUGCCCUUGUGAAAUUUUAAAUUUAUUUUAACCCCCUUACAGCUGAAAUAAUUUAAUUAUUUUUAUAUUCAAGUUCUUUUACAGGUUUAUUUAAUGAAUGUACGAAGACUUGCAUCGUAUUGCAUGUAUAUACAAAUAACAUUGGAAUCUCUUUAGAUGGAACAUCGCUCUAUUGCACUUAGUGUAAUAUUGUGAACUAAAAUAAUAUUUCAACAACGAUUUUUGGGCUUACGAUUCUUAUGUGGCACAGAUAUCGAUACGAUAUAGGGUUCAAAACUGAUUUCUUCUGCCAGUAAUUUAGUGCAAAUUGAAAUAUUACCUUUUGGGUGUAAACUUCUUUUUUUUUUUGUCCUUCGGGAAUACGUGAUUGUUCUUUUCUUCUUUUUUUCAAUAUUUCAAAACACAAUCUUAUAUAUUUAAUAAAAAUCAGACUGGUUUCAACAUACUAUAUGUUUAUAAGUCAUGAAAUUGCUAUUGCUUCUGGCAAAACGGCAUUAAUGAAUGUUUAAUAUAUGUUUUAAAGGCAAUAUUGUGUGGAACUCCCAGUCAAGUUCAUUAUCAUACGCGUAAAUUAUGCAAAAUAUUGCUAUAUCAGUGGGCGAAAAUGAAAAGUUAUCUAUGAGGUUUAUAAAUCUUAUAAUCUGAAUCUUAUAAUUUGAAGUACAAAUUGGUAGCGGCUAUUCCAAUUUUUUAAAAAUGAAUUCUAUGAUUCAGUGCUGCUUCAACGAUUUAAAAAUACAAAACUGUAUGUUUUCGUCUCGAAAAGUAAAUGGAAUAUUUAAUCCAUCGUUAUGUAUAAUGAAUGGUUCGACCAUCAAAAGAGAUUUAUGUGGCCAAAAUGGCAUUUUAGUUGUUAAUUUUUUUUAUAUAAUAAAUGCUGGGCAGUCGGUUUUCUUCGUUUUGAAUUUGUUCAAUACGGAAUGACUGUAUUCUAAAAGAUCUGAUUGAUUUGGCUUAAACCCUUUAUCAAAUCAAUAAUAAUAAUCUAUAAUCUAUUUUAUUUAGUCUGAUAAUAUGCACUGCAUAUUAAGAUGCAAAUAUACUUUGGUUAUUUAGUGUAGUAAUUAAUUUCGUUCGACGAUCAAUCAAACAUACAUACGUAUGUAUUCAAUUGAAAAUUGAUCUUCUGUGUUAGAUUCAAAAGGUUUCCUCAGAAUUUUUGGCUACAUAGAAAAUCUACAAAUUUGUGGUGACCAAAAAAUAACGAAAAAUGUUUGUUUUCUUGAUGAAAAUGUUUGCGUGUGGAUUUUUGGGUUCGAACCGGCGAUAAUAAGCUCUUAUUUCGAUGAAACUCUUCAGCUUUGGCCGAAGAUGAAAUAUUUUCAAGAUCGCAAAACGGCGUCUUUGCUCGCAAAUGAAGUCCAAAUCGACUGGCAGCAAAGCGCUGACGUUAAUCAGGUAAUCUAAUCAAUAUGUUAAAAUGAACCCCCAACACUUUUAAGCUAUAAAGUGUUUCUUAAAGUAAAGUUACCAUUGUUCGAUCAACGUUGCUUGGUUAACUAAGAUCCUGCAACGUGGGCUUGCUGUCCAUUUUCCGUUUUUUUUUUUGUUAUUUAUUAUGCAGCACUUCAUUAACCACGCGCUGCAUUAUUGAAAUACUCCCUACCAGAAUUUUGAACUAAUCCAGUUUGUGUUUGCAGGAGAUCAAACGCCUUGACGGUCCCAUAAGCGACAUUACUUCAAACUUCAACCCACCAGAUUUGGAUUCGGAUAUAUAUAUAGUGGCAUUCGUAUUGGAAAAGUUCCCAUAUCACGUGUUUUAUACGAAAAUUGUACAGAACUGUGGCAGCUUUAAGAAACGCACACAGCUUGAUGCUCGAUCAAAUAUUAUUAAAAAAUGCAUAAGCAACUUAAA